AUGUCCCAGCAAACCGUUUUCAAGACUCAAGGUCAUAGACAAGCAGUUUCAACUCCAAGCAGCAAUACAUAUUUUCUUAAUUCGUAAAGAAAAUUAAACUUCUUUACAACAAGCACUCUUUAAUCUAUAUCAUAUGUUCACACGAGUUAAGUAUUAAAUUAAACUCCAACUCAAUAUGAGAUCAGACAAGUUAAAAAGGAAUAGAAUCAGAUCUAAGCCAUACCAGCUUCUUUCAUGGAACUUUAUGAUGAAUUUGAGAAUAAUUACAAAAUUGUUUAGAAGAUUAAAACUGAUCUCAAUAUCUCAAUUGAUAUGAAGUCAGACGAUUAAGUUCAAUAGCCUCAAGUCAUAUCCUAAAAUUCAAUUAGGAAUCCCUCUUAGGCUGAAACAAAAAUCGCAAAUUUGUAGUUCUGUGAUAUUGAUUAAGAGUUGAAUCAGAGACUGCAUAUAAAUCGCUUUAAAUUUUAUUACUUCCGAGCUUCAAUCUCGAAAUAAUAAUCUCCUUUAUUACUUACAAUUUAAUUUGAAAAUCAAAUAAAUUCUGCAUAAUACAAAUUAUAUCUUUCUACUUAGCAUGAAUUUCCGACUAAAUUUAAUGCAGAACACAAUCUCACUUCAAAUUUUUGUAAGAUCUAUACUAGUGGGCAUGAGAGUACAUUUUAAGAAAAUUAUCUAUACAUAACCUUUUAUACCGAAAUUGAUGUAGUUGUAAAAAUAAAGAUAACAUUUGGUCGAGUCUAGCAAAGCAAAUCACCCUAAAAGUAGAUAAUAAAAAAAGAAUAUCCUAAAUUUCCUGGUUUAAUAACAAACAUAAAAAUUGAUUUAAUCAAAAGGAAUCUUGAUACAAGCUCAUUUUAAUUGACUCGGAGAACAGAUCUCUUGGCUGGAUUACUUACUGAAAGAGAAUAGAAAAGAAAGUAGGUUCUGUUAAAAAAGUAGGAGAUCGUAUGCGAAUAAAAGAUAAAGUUGAAAACAUAAUAUAGUGCAUAGAUGUUAAGAAACGAUUAUAGAUUUUUUGAAAAGAUUUAUAAAUUAAAACUAAAUAAAAAGAUCUAGGGAGAGUUGUUUUGGGCUCAACUUGUAAAUUUAAUUAACUUUUGUGCUUAGCUUAAAACCAAAUUAAUAUAAUUUAAAGCUCAGAUGAGUGUUAAGGCGAAUGGAAGAAUUAAGGCUUUAAAAUGUGGAUUAAAUUUAUUGAUUUACAUUAGAAAGUUUGGACCUACUCCUGAGAGAAGAUCUUUUUGUAAAAGUCUGUUAGCAGUUCAAAUGUUUACUGCUUAAAUUAGAUUCACAAGAAAAAGGAAGGCUGAAGCAAUUGCUACUUCUUUUAUAAGGGAAUGUAUUUCCAUUAUACAUUUAGGACAUAGACUACUCAAGACCAGACAUUAUGUAAUCAUUUUGUAGAACAAGUUCAGAUUUUUCUAAAGAUAGAAAAAAAAAUAUUAUGAGGAUUUCUGGCAAUUAGUGAUGCUCAACUACAAAGAAAUCAUUAGGAGUUUAAAUCAAAGUAAUCAAAGAUCUAGGAGUAGGAGUUAAAAAUAAAUUUAUGCUAAUCAAAUAGAUAAUCAAAUGAUGCAGUUCCAGAUUGAUAAUUAUUAUUAAAGACAAAAGUUGAUAUGGCUGGGGUUUAUAAGGCAAAAGAUCCAUGACAAACAACUGGAUCUUUAUUUAAAUGAUAGGAAAAGCGAUGAGAUUAGGAAAGCCUUGAUUAAGUUUUAAGAACCUAAACUGUUCCAACUGCCGCAAAUUAAUGAAGUAGCUGAGAUAAUUGAGCUUUAUGCAAAAAAUAAAAAAAUGAUUUGA